AUGGGGAGGCAGGCUCAGCCCUGAUCCCUCCCAGCCUGGGCGAGGUCCCCAGCCUUCACAGCUCUGAGACUCGGGCUCGCAGGAGAGGCCCAGAGAGGCACAGGACUGAGCAGGAGGCUGGGCUGCCAGGGACAGGCAGCAGGGCCACCCAGAGGGACAAACCUGAGAGCACGCCUGCCCCAUGCAGUUCCCCGCCGGCCCCGCCUGCAUCUUCCUGAGGAAGGGCAUCGCUGAGAAGCAGCGGGAGAGGCCCCUGGGGCAGGACGAGAUCGAAGAGCUCCGGGAAGCAUUCCUUGAGUUUGACAAGGACAGAGAUGGGUUUAUCUCCCAUAAGGAUUUGGGGAAUCUCAUGAGGACAAUGGGUUACAUGCCCACGGAGAUGGAAUUGACGGAACUGGGCCAGCAAGUCCGCAUGAACUUGGGGGGCCGUGUGGACUUUGAUGACUUCGUGGAGCUGAUGACCCCCAAGUUGCUUGCAGAAACGGCUGGGAUGAUUGGUGUCCAGGAGAUGCGAGACGCCUUCAAGGAGUUCGACACCAAUGGAGACGGGGAGAUCACACUGGCGGAGCUGCAGCAGGCCAUGCAGAGGCUUCUGGGAGAGAGGCUCACCCCCCGGGAGAUCUCCGAGGUUGUCCACGAGGCCGAUGUCAAUGGAGAUGGCACCGUUGACUUUGAAGGUGAUGUACAGGGAGUUUGUGAGGAUGAUAUCUCGCUGAAGAUGCUCCCCACCUGGUCAACAUGGAUCCCUUGCUUGCUGAGGACCCAAUCCCCAUGACACCUUGAAGGAUGGAGUGGGGGGAAGGAGGGUAGUCAAUAGCUUUGCAGCUGCAUGGAUUGAGGUUAGACUGAAAGCAGCAGCUUUGCCAGAUGGGGAUGGAGUGGCGUGCCUAUGGAAUGAGAUUCAGGAGGUGUGGAAAUGGAAGUGGGACUGAGAUACAGUUGCCACCCCAGAAAUUCCAGAGGUUAAUGAAAUCUUUUUCUUACACAUAGCCCUAAACCCCUGUGACCUGCCAAAAUCUCUUCCCCAGCUAAUAGUCUUCUCUCCUGAUAGAUUGUCACAAAGUCCCACCCCUUCCACCCACCCCUCCCCUCCCUCCAGCCCUUCCGAUUUCAAUCUCAGACACCCUGGUUCUGUGAGAGUGAGAUACGCCAACCCCAUCAUGGGGCUAGAAACUGCUCCUAGAUGAGGCUGGGCGCCACCCGUGAGGAGCCAUUGGGGGUGAAUUCCUGAUUUCCUGGAAGCCCAGCCUGUGUUUCCCCCUCUGAUCGCCCACGUCCCUCUCCUGGUGUAAGAUACUCAGGGGAACUGAAUUAAAUCACAAAUCAGGAUUAUCGGGUUUAGGCAAGCUGAUCCCUGGGGAAUUAAUCCCCCACCAAAUAUCGAGAGAGAGAGAGAGAGAGAGAGAGGGGAUCCCCCAAAUCCCCAGCUCAGCAGGUGACUGCAGAGCCAUCCCUGGAAGGCCCCUGCCUCCACGCCGGUUGGCCCAGGCCGCUUCCGGAGAAUCUCCCUGGUGGGUGGGAGUUGUGCUCCGUCCUGCAAACCCAGCAUCCAUCUGUCUGUGACACUGAGAAUGUGGUUCCUUCACCUCCCCCGGGGACAGCACGCCUCAGCAGCACAGAGGUCCUCAAAAUAAAAUGUCACCUCCAGGA